AUUGCAAUUCCUGGUAAUGUUCGAUUAAGAUGUAUUUCCUGGAAUAAGGAUCAAGGUUUCAUAGCCUGUGGUGGAGAGGAUGGAUUACUGAAGGUUUUAAAAUUAGAAACACAGACAGAUGAAGCAAAAAUAAAGGGACUUGCGGCUCCUAGCAAUCUUUCUGUGAAUCAAACUCUUGAAGGUCAUAGUGGUUCUGUGCAAGUGGUGACAUGGAAUGAACGGUAUCAAAAACUGACUACCAGUGAUCAAAAUGGACUCAUCAUUGUGUGGCUGCUGUAUAAAGGUGCUUGGUAUGAAGAGAUGAUUAACAAUAGAAAUAAAUCUGUUGUUCGAAGUAUGAGCUGGAAUGCUGAUGGACAAAAGAUUUGUAUUGUAUAUGAAGAUGGAGCUGUGAUUGUUGGAUCAGUGGAUGGCAAUCGCAUUUGGGGGAAAGACUUGAAAGGUACCCACCUGUGCCACGUGGCCUGGUCCUCUGAUAGCAAAGUUUUACUCUUUGGAAUGGCAAAUGGAGAGAUUCACAUUUAUGAUGAUCAGGGAAAUUUUAUUGUAAGUUCACAGUGGUAUAAUAAAGAAAUUAACUCCAACAGGCAUAAAAAAAGUACUUCCUCUUUAUUUCAUGUUUAUUUUUAGUUGGUGGACUUCAGUACUGAGAACUGGACAAGGUCUUGUGCACAAAGUUUUUAUUCAAGAUUUAUGCAGCUGCAGCUUUUUAAUAUAAAU